AUGACCUCCACCUCCACAGGUGCUGACGUGGCCUUGACAGUGAUCAGUGUCUCCAACAUAAAAUGGGAUUCAACUCGUCCACCAAAUCUAUAUGUCCAGAUCAAGUUCCUCAACGAUAAGAGGUGGACCAAGACUUGUAAAGAAAAUAUUGCACCGAAAUGGAAUGAAGGCUUUUUAUUCAAACGAUCUUUCGUGGACCAAAGGAUAGCAUUCGCCAUUCAGAUCAAGCAUGACUCAUCAUAUAGAAAAGAAUGUGUAGGCAAAAUUGAAAUAGAGCUCGAUGAGUUAUUAAAGAGAUGUUCCAAUGGCAAGGAAACGGAGCUCUACCUCAAUGCGCCCCAUGGUUUAUCGUCUACGAAAACUGCCGCCCUUCGUGUACGCUUAGAGGCCCUUGACGCGAUGGCAAGUGCUAGACGUAGAGUUGAUGCAGCAGAGCAAGCGAUCCAAAGGGGUGGCUUCGCAACCUCAGCACACGCUACCGAUUCGAUUGCAGUUGGAGUAGCUGAUGCUACCACUGACCAUUUUGCAAAGCAUGCCGAUCUAUACGAGUCCGUGGGAAGCCUCGUCUCGACGCUAGAUGUGUUCGUUCGUGUUGUGGACAAAUUAUCACAAAUGUCAGAUUCGCCCAUGUGCCAAGGACUCAGGCAUCAGUUUGAGGUUGACAAAAAGGUUGUCGAACUUGUGCACGCCAUGAUAGACGCAUUCGACUUUGUCGAAAAAAAUGACAUUCUUCACGACAGGACAGACAGGCUCCAGACGACAGUUAUUCAGCUCUUGAAGCAGACUGAAGAGUUUUGCCUCUUCAUUCAAGAGUACACAAGUCGCAAUAUAUUAAGACGAGUGUUCAUGCAAAAAGCAGAAGGGACGAUCGAUAAAUUUCUCAAAGCAUUUCAAGCGUCCAAGUCCUCGAUAGACUCUGGAAUCCUUGUCCAAGUUGGUUUCGUUUCUUCGAGGAUCUCUUUCAACGUCGAUGCCUUGACCUCAAAGGUCAAUGAAUUGUCUUCUAAGUUCGAUAUCUCAUUCCUGGACCGACUUCAACCGGAGAGGAUGAGCGCAUUUGAUCGACCACAGUGCCUUCCCGGAACGCGCAGAAACAUUAUGGAUGAGAUUGUUGAAUGGGUGUCAUCGGGUUCAAAUCAGAACGUGUUCUGGUUGGAUGGCGUUGCGAGAUCUGGCAAGAGCACAAUUAGCACGACGAUUGCGGAACACUUUAGUGCUAUAUCUCGCCUUGGGGCUCAUCUUUUCUUCCAACGAGGAAAGAGUGAGCCCAGUGCGGUCAUUCGCACACUCGCUUACAAGCUCGCCUUAUUCGAUUCUUCGAUUGCCGAACACGUCAUUGAGGCCAUUGUGCAGGAUAGUGAUAUUGCACUAGCUUCUGGAACGACUCAGUCCGAGAAACUCAUUAAAAUUCCUCUUGAUCGGGUCGGGGAGGCUCUGCAGGGACCAGUCACCGUCAUUGUCCUCGACGCAUUGGAUGAGUGUGGAACAGACAGCGGCCGAAGGCGCUUGCUCGAACUGUUCCGAGAAGGACUUCCUACUCUUCCCGAGAACUUCCGAUUCCUUAUUACAAGUAGAAAGGAGCUGGACAUCGAUCAAGCACUAUCUUCUCAGCCCGAGUCCGUUUGUGCCGUUGAAUUGGAACACGAUUCAGUAAUGUGCAAGAUCGACGUUCUCCGAUAUAUUGAUUACGAGAUGCGCAAGGUAUUUACGAAAAGUAAAUUGGAGACAGUGCACGAUUGGCAAUUGAAGAUGGAACGUCUUGGAGACGCAGCAGGUGGACUUUUCAUCUGGGCAUCGACAGCGGUCAAGCUGGUGGAUCGCGACUUUCCUGCUCGGAGACUAAACCACCUCGUAUCCAAGUCGCAAUUACUCUCCGCUCUCGACACCUUGUACCGUACUGUCCUCGAAACCUCGGGCAUUUCAUUCGAUGACGAAGAAUCCAGGUCCCACUUUUCCCAGGUCCUUGGUCUUAUCCUUCUUUGUAAAGUUCCAUUAUCUGACGACGCAAUUGACGGGAUACUUGGAUAUUCGGACGAAGAUUCUUCACGUCUUGUCCUUUCGCGAUUGCGAUCUGUGCUUGCGUACACUUCAGGAGAACCUAUCCGAUUUUGCCAUACGUCCUUCCGCGACUACUUGUUGGCUCCAGGGCGCGAACGUGACGACUGGUUCAUCAAUCUCGAGUUUCAGAAGACUUUAGUCGCCACGCAAUGCUUCAGUGUCAUGAAGAAUGGACUCCGCUUCAACAUCUGUAAUCAGGAGUCGUCAUACAUCCUUAACGAUCAGAUCCCUGACCUUCCGGAUCGCAUCAAGGAAAAUAUUCCUCCCACUUAG